AUGACAGAUACCAACGAAAAUCCAAUCGAUCCAAUCGAUCCAAUCGAUCCUGUCGAUCCUGUUCAUCCAGUGGGUGCAGUAGAUGCAGUAGAUGCAGUAGUUCCAAUCGAUCCAGUCAAUUAUGUGAUGGGGAUUAAUACGCUUAUUACUGAAAUAAGAGAUCUGGAACAAGAUCAUUCCAAUUUGCAUGCUGAAAUAUCUUUGUGUAUUGAUCAGAUGAAUCCCAAUCGUAUAAGUUAUCCUAUCCUAGCGGUUAUAUUAGUAGUUUGCUGUUAUUGGGUCUUCUGGAAUGGGAGUAUAUUCGCUGCAACAAUAUCGGCAUCAAUACUCAUUUGGGAAUUAGUGGUUACGUUAUCAGUGUUCAGCCAUUAUAAAAAGCUUUGCAGAAGAAUUGUACUAGAGAGUAGUAGUGUACUAGAGAGUAGUAGUGUACUAGAGAGUAGUAGUGUACUAGAGAGUAGUAGUGUACUAGAGAGUAGUAGUGUACUAGAGAGUAGUAGUGUACUAGAGAGUAGUAGUGUACUAGAGAGUAGUAGUGUACUAGAGAGUAGUAGUGUACUAGAGAGUAGUAGUGUACUAGAGAGUAGUAGUGUACUAGAGAGUAGUAGUGUACUAGAGAGUAGUAGUGUACUAGAGAGUAGUAGUGUACUAGAGAGUAGUAGUGUACUAGAGAGUAGUAGUUAG